CCAAUAUUUGAACCCCCAAUAUCUCACAUUCCAUGUUGUUCUUGCUUCACACUGGAGUAAACCCAAGUGCACUCAAGGAAUUACCAGAGCUAGCUCCAAAGACUUAUACUAAUCCCCAAAUCCCACAUUUUGUCUUAUCCCACCAAAUCCUCUAGAGUUUUCAACAUGUCCCAAUUCCAACCACAACAACUGCAACAGCCACAGCCGCUACCACAGCAGCAGCAGCAGCCGGUUCUUGUUUACCCUAACAAUGUGAACAAGCCGCCACCUUCCCACCAUUCCAAUGGGUCAUUUGGCUCGGUUUUCAUUGUCCUAGCCGUGAUCGUGGUCAUCUCAGGCAUUGCUUGCUUCCUGGGAAGACUGUGCAACCGCGACCGCUCCCACAAAUCCAAACACAAUAAGCAGUCCAAGAACAAGGGGAACAACAAAGCUCAUCCCAAAGAAGGUCAUCAUGGUGAUCAUGUUGAGUUUGGGAGCCAACAUUUCCGGCCCAAAGAAGGAACUGACAUUGAAAUCGGGUUCGACAAGAGAAUCCCAAGUGGCAAGCCCAGCGGCCCAAACUACACCAGCAGAGAGAGCAGAGCAGGAUCAGGAGUCAUCAAUCACAACAAACCAUUUGUAAAUCUUCAUCACAAUGACAUGAAAUUAGGUGAAAUGAAGCCUGGUGGUGGUGGCGGUGGUCAUGUUGUGAUUGGUGAGCCCAGAGCCAGAGGAUGACUGGUGGUGUGACACAAUUGCAACAUGAUCAGUAACUUGUAGCUUAAGGCUUGUCAUAUCUAGUUAUCUAUCAAAAUCCUCUUGUGAACUUAAUUUCA